CGCGCCGAGCCGCGCCCUUCGCCCUCUCUGCAGCCCGGGCGGGCUGCUCCGGGCGGCCUGCGGGGCAGCGCCUUCUGCGGCCUCCCCGGCGGAGGGGAUGUGAGGGGCGGCCCGCGGCCAUGGAGACGGGCCCGGCGCCCCUGGUGGCCCCGCCGCGCCGUCACGGCGCCCCCGCGGCCCCCUCGCCUCCGCCCCGGGGUUCCCGGGCCGGGCCGGUCGUAGUGGUGGCCCCCGGACCGCCGGUGACUACGGCCACUUCGGCCCCCGUCGACCUGGUGGCCCCCGGGGAGGCUCGGCCCGCCUGGGUCCCAGCAUCGCCGCAGACGCCAGCCACGGCGGCCCCGGGCAGCACGGUGGUGGUGCUGACCCUGGAGGCCUCGCCCGAAGCCGCCAAGACGCAGGAGCCCCCCGCACCGGCGGCGGCAGAGGCAGGAGUCGAGACGUCGGUGGCCUCGGUUUCGGGGACGGACUCUCCGAAGGCGGAAGAGGUUCGCGCCUCGCCUGUCCCAGGACCGGGGACCCCCACUCGGACCCCUUCCAGAACGGCACCUGGAGCCCUGACUGCCAAACCCCCGCUUGCCCCCAAGCCGGGAACCACAGUGGCUUCAGGAGUGACUGCACGGGGUGGAGCAGAAGAGGUGACAGGUGGACAUGGAGCUGCUACAUCAGCCUCAGCAGGGCCUGUCGCGGCCCCUCCCGGGACGUGUGAGGCUCCGGUGGCUGUGGUGACGGUGACCCCAGCCCCGGAGCCUGUUGAAAACUUUCAAGACCUGGGCUCCACGUCCAGCCUAGGACCUGGCAUCUCUGGGCCUCGAGGGCAGGCCCCGGACACCCUGAGCUACUUGGAUUCCGUGAGCCUCAUGUCCGGGACCCUGGAGUCCUUGCCGGAUGAUGUGAGCUCUUUGGGUUCAGACUCGGAGAUAAACGGGCUGGCCCUGCGCAAGACGGACAAGUAUGGUUUCCUUGGGGGCAGUCAGUACUCGGGCAGCCUAGAGAGCUCAAUUCCUGUGGAUGUGGCUCGGCAGCGGGAGCUCAAAUGGCUGGAGAUGUUCAGUAACUGGGAUAAGUGGCUGUCACGGCGUUUCGAGAAGGUAAAGCUGCGCUGCCGGAAAGGGAUCCCUUCCUCUCUCAGAGCCAAGGCCUGGCAGUACCUGUCUAAUAGCAAGGAACUCCUGGAGCAGAACCCGGGCAAGUUUGAGGAGCUGGAACGGGCUUCUGGGGACCCCAAGUGGCUGGAUGUGAUUGAGAAGGACCUGCAUCGUCAGUUCCCUUUCCAUGAGAUGUUUGCUGCUCGAGGAGGGCAUGGGCAACAGGACCUGUACCGAAUCCUGAAGGCCUAUACCAUCUACAGGCCUGACGAGGGCUACUGUCAGGCCCAAGCCCCAGUGGCUGCCGUGCUGCUCAUGCACAUGCCUGCUGAGCAAGCCUUUUGGUGCCUGGUACAGAUCUGCGACAAGUACCUCCCAGGUUACUACAGUGCAGGGCUGGAGGCCAUUCAGUUGGAUGGAGAAAUUUUUUUUGCAAUCCUGCGCAAAACUGCUCCGCUGGCACAUCGGCACCUUCGGCGGCACCGAAUUGACCCCGUGCUCUACAUGACAGAAUGGUUCAUGUGCAUCUUUGCCCGCACCCUCCCCUGGGCUUCAGUGCUACGUGUCUGGGACAUGUUUUUCUGUGAAGGCGUUAAGAUCAUCUUCCGAGUGGCUCUGGUCUUACUUCGACACGCACUGGGUUCUGUGGAAAAGCUACGCUCCUGUCAAGGCAUGUAUGAAACCAUGGAGCAGCUUCGAAACUUGCCACAGCACUGUAUGCAGGAGGACUUCCUGGUGCAUGAGGUAACCAGCCUGCCAGUGACAGAAGCAUGGAUUGAGCGGGAGAAUGCAACCCAGCUGAGGAAGUGGCGGGAAACUAGGGGAGAGCUGCAGUAUCGGCCCUCACGGCGACUGCAUGGCUCCCGAGCAAUCCAUGAGGAACGCAGACGGCAGCAGCCACCCCUGGGUCCUUCCUCCAGCCUCCUCAGCCUCCCUAGUCUCAAGAGCAGAGGCUCCCGGGUAGCUGGAGGGGCUCCUUCCCCACCACCACCUGUCAGAAGGGCUAGUGCUGGCCCUGUCCCUGGGGCCGUUGUCACUGCUGAGGGACUGCAUCCAUCCCUUCCUUCACCUACUGGCAACAGCACCCCACUAGGCACUAGCAAGGAGACCAGGCGUCAGGAGAAAGAGCGGCAGAGACAGGAGAAGGAGCGGCAGAGACAGGAGAAGGAGCGGGAGAAGAAGGAGAAGGAGCGGCAAAAGUGGGAAAAGGAGCAAGAGAAGAAGCAGGAGAAGGAGCGGCAGAAGCAGGAGAAGAAGGGCCAAAGCCGGAAACUUUCCUUGCGUCGAAAGGCAGAUGGGCCCCCAGCACCCCACGAUGAUGGGGACAAGUCAGCAGCUGAGGCCCGGCAGGAUGCUUACUUCUGACCUCUUGCUGGGUCUGGAUGGCACGGCCCUCCUUUUCCUCAGCCAAGAACAGGCCGGACAGGGGUGUUCUCCCAGCUCCCUUGGCAGGCUCUUCCUUUUUCUGAGGAAAGUGGCUUGAUUUCCCUGAGUCCUUGCCAGCUGCUGAUCCCUACAUGGCCAGGGCAGCCACAGUGCAUGGGACAGCUACGUUUCUUAGGGUAACAGUGACCAAGUCUGGAGACUCUUUUGUCCAAUUAGGCCCAGCUUGGGUCUCUGUCACUCCUAUGAAUUCCUUCUGGGGUGCUGUCUUAAUUCGACAGGAGUCACCAGAUGGGUGACUCUUGGAAAUGGCAGUUAGCAGUUGCAGAUUCUUACUCUCCAGUGGCUUCCCUUAGAUGGUGGAGCUAGGUUCCUUUUCCUGUCUUGGGGCCCUGCCUGUCACCCCAGUCUUUCUGGGGCCAAGGCUGUGUUUUCUCUCCUGGAUAUCCUUAUGUUGUAAUUAUGUACAGAAGGUCAGGUUGGCCUGGGGGGGGGGGGUGCUGUCCUUUCCCCUUUCCACAGUGCUUCACUCCAGUUUAUUUAAGGGGAUGUGCAAAGAAAUGUCCUCCAUUUCCUUCCCACCCAUGUCCUGCUCUGUCCUAACCCACUUGCUUUGUAUGCUCAGGCCUCUCUGCUGUCUCAUCAGGAAACCUAGCUCUCAUUUUGUUCCUUUCCAGCCAUCAAGCCCCUUUCUGAGUAAGGGUCUUCCCUUGAGUCCAGGGGGCGGAACCCAGUGUUUACAUUCUCUUCUGUCUUGGUCCCACCCCAGUGGCGCUUUUGUGGCGCUUUGAGGAACCGGAAAAAGAACCUGCUGUCAUACCUGGA